GCAUUCAAAUUGAAAUUCCACCUCAUCAUAACCAUAAUAACCAUAUGAACGUUUGCCCUCGCGCCGAACAAUCAACUGCCUUUCAGGUUUUCAAUACGUCGGGAAACAAUGAUCUUCCAAGUGGUACAUCUUCGCCUCCUUAUCCCCCUUACAACAAUGUACACGCAACGUCGCUCUUACGGCCUGAGCAAUUCCUGCCAACACCUGAUCAUAUAAGCUCGUUCAUGUCUACGGAAUUUCCAUUGAUUCAGCACAACACCUUGUCAACUACCUGUCCAGAGAAAUUUCAAUCGAACAUUUUCCAACAUAACACAAGAGAUUUUCAGUGUGCAAAUUUUAAUCCUUUGCCCAACCACCCCUCAUUCUCGGUUAGCCAAGAAAAUGCUCAUCACCCGAACUCUUCGACUAUUUCCCCAAACAAUCAUUCUGCCAAGUUAUGUAUACGCUCAAAUCACAAAAUUGCAGAUGAACUAUUUAGUUUGAUACGAACAAAAUUGACAGAAGGGGAGAAUGUCUCUAUGGAAUAUAAACCCUCGCUUGUGAAAGAUUCUGUUCAAUUUUUCUAUCGCAGAAACGCGCUUGGCCCAUUGGAAACUUUAGAAUUCGGUCUUUCUAUUCGCAAGUCAAUUCGGGAUAUUCUUCUGAAUAUUCAUAUCGAAGACAGGGAGGAGAAGAGCUCCUGUAUACUAGAGGUAGUUGAUGAAGCUUAUUAUGAAGAAGGAUGGCGUCUUUAUAGCCCCGUGGAGAUUGGUCUUUCAAAUAAUGGUCACAAUUUAGGCCAUGAUGCACAUGUCCUCUCCGAGGCUCAGACAAUGACGUACGGUCAGUUUUACUCUGACCCCUCUCCUUCUCUCGGCCAGCCUUUUAUCCUCCCGUCACCUUCAAACUCUCGAGCAAGAAAACGUCCAACGAAAAAACACUCCUCCGCCGAAACCCUAGGUCCACAAUCCAAUGGACAACGUCCCACUUCCUCCAAGCGUUACAGAUGCUACUGCAACAAACAAUUCACCUGUCUAAAAUCUCUCCGCAAACAUUCCAACACACACAAUCCCUGUCAAUUCAUCGCCUGUCCUGAACCAUUUUGUACACACUUAUCUCUCCGAAUAGAUAGUAUAGAAGAUCAUCUCAAAACGCACCACAUCGACCUCUCCCUUCUACUUUCGCUCGAACGUCAUCAAAAACGCGAGGAGCUAAAACAAAGAACCUAUCUGAUAUUGGACUGCACGCACGAUCGUUGUGUUGUCGAGGGAUGCGGUCGAAGAUUCCCGAGAAAUGAGCUGGAUGGGUGCAAACGGAGUUUGGCUCAUGUUCUAAGUCAUUAUAGAGACAAAAACAACCUGCCGAGUUCUUUUAGACAUGUGUGCUCGGAUGAUGUGUCGUGUAGUGGUAAGGAAGCUUGGAGGAAUAGUGUAUAUGUAACAGGAGAACGGAUUCAAAAGCUAGAACGGCAUGGUAUUGAAGAUAUAGAUGCGGAGCCAUGAUUGGAAGCAGGAAUGUGGGAAGAUGGGAAGAUGGGAAGAACAUUGCUCCUCAACAUUUUUCAGUCGGCACUCGGAACUUAUAGAAUCCAAAGCGAGGAAGAGCAUUGCAGGAAUUUAGAUGAUAUUUGUACAUUCAUCACAUACCAUCCUAUGAUAAAACACUUAAUUCAUAAUCUGCCCGGUAUAUACAGACA